AUGGAUAAAGUACAACGGUUUUUUAAUCCCACUGAAGAUGAACCAAAAGAACAAAGUGCUAUUAUGUCUGAGAUAUCCGGCUUGUCAUGGGAUACACGAAUAAAAGGUUUUGGUAUCUGUUUGCUUAUUGCUGUGUUACUUGGUUUGGGUGCGGUGAUUAUCUAUUUUAUUGGUAGUAACCUUUCUGGCUUUGCUGUUCUUUAUAGUUUUGCCGUUAUUUUCGGUGUUGCAUCUACAAUAUUUUUGAUGGGUCCAGUGAACCAAUUGAAGAAAAUGUUCGAUGCUACUCGAUGGAUUGCCACUCUUGUUUUUAUUGGAUCUAUUAUAAUGACACUUGUGUCUGCUCUUGCAAUAAAAAGUGGUGUCCUUGUUCUUGUAUUUAUUAUUAUUCAAUUUCUUGCUCUUGUAAGUUAA